CCCCAUGCUGGUCUACAUCGAGAUCCUGGGCAGGCAUCCCUUUUCAGGCCGGGAGGUGCCCAUCUCCAAUGGCUCUGGCUUUGUGGUGUCCCCAGAUGGUCUCAUCGUGACUAAUGCCCACGUUGUGGCGAAUCGGCGGCGGGUGCGGGUGAAGCUGGCUAGCGGGGAGCUCUACGAUGCCGUGGUCCGUGAAGUCGACCAGGUGGCAGAUAUUGCCACCAUCAAAAUCAACCCCAAGGUGUGUGGGGGCCAGGAACGUUUCACGGGACUAGCCCCUGCAUUGGCUGCCUGCAGGUCUCUUGAUAGAGCUGUGCUGACCCAUGCUUUCUCUUCCCCCCAGCAACCUCUGCCCACGCUGCCCCUGGGCCGCUCCGCAGAGGUGCGGCAAGGAGAGUUUGUGGUGGCUAUGGGCAGCCCUUUUGCUCUGCAGAACACCAUCACCUCCGGCAUUGUCAGCUCUGCUCAGCGAGGCAGCCAGGAGCUGGGCCUGGCCGAUUCCAACAUGGAGUACAUCCAGACCGACGCUGCCAUAGAUUUCGGGAACUCGGGGGGGCCCCUCGUCAAUCUGGACGGCGAGGUGAUUGGGGUGAACACAAUGAAGGUGACGUCAGGUAUCUCCUUCGCCAUCCCCUCAGACCGGCUGCGGGAAUUCUUGCAGAAGGGGGAGCAGCGCAAGAGCUCCUGGUUCGGCAGUACGGAGAUAAAGCGUCGCUACAUCGGGGUGAUGAUGCUAACACUGACCCCCAGUAUUCUGGCCGAGCUGAAGCUGCGCGACCCCAGCUUCCCUGAUGUCUCGUAUGGGGUCCUGAUUCACAAGGUGAUCAUUGGCUCCCCAGCUCAUCAGGCGGGCCUGAAAGCCGGUGACGUCGUGCAGGAGAUCAACGGGCAGGCGGUGCGGCGCGCAGAGGACAUCUACGAGGCCGUGCGGACACACAGCAACCUGGCCAUGCUGGUGCAGCGCAGCCAUGACAUGCUGCUGGUGAACGUCAGCCCCGAGGUCACGGAAUAGAGCAGCCCUGCCCUGGCAGCGGGCACCAGGGACUUGGCUUGAGGCAAGCAGGUCGAGCCGGGGGCUCAGGGUGACAGGCAAUAGGCCCUGUGCUGCCAGACGGGAGACACGGGGCUUUUGCAAGAGCCUGAAAUGCUCCAGCCAGCAGGGCUGGUCCUGGGACUGGUGCACCAGGGGAGUGGCUACUGUCUACUUCCCUCAUCCCCAUUAAACCUCUCCUGGGGAAUCCUC